GAGAGCGUAGUGCCGGAUGUACCCACUACCCAGGAGGCUGAGAGUGCCGCUACCUGCUCCUGGCCGGUUCCCACUGCGCUCUCGCGGCGGAGUUGCCCGAUCCCGGUGCACCACGAAGAGCUCGAUCCAGGCGCAGACGCCAGCACCAUGGCCGCCCCAGACUUGUCCACCAACCUCCAGGAGGAGGCCACCUGCGCCAUCUGCCUGGAUUAUUUCACCGACCCGGUGAUGACCGACUGCGGCCACAACUUCUGCCGCGAGUGCAUCCGACGUUGCUGGGGCCAGCCCGAGGGCCCGUACGCGUGCCCCGAGUGCCGCGAGCUGUCGGCGCAGAGGAACCUACGGCCCAACCGCCCGCUCGCCAAAAUGGCAGAAAUGGCACGGCGCCUGCACCCGCCUUCUCCGGUCCCGCAGGGCGUCUGUGCGGCGCACCGCGAGCCGCUGACCACCUUCUGCGGCGACGACCUCAGCCUGCUGUGCCCCAUCUGCGAGCGUUCGGAGCACUGGACUCACCGGGUGCGACCGCUGCAGGAGGCGGCCGACGACCUCAAGGGGAGGCUGGAGAAGUCACUGGAGCACCUACGGAAACAAAUGGAGGACGCAAUGCUGUUCCAAGCCCAGGCUGAGGAAACCUGCGCCUUGUGGCAGAAGAUGGUGGAGAGCCAGCGGCAGAACGUGCUGGGCGAGUUUGAGAGGCUGCGCCGACUGCUGGCAGAGGAGGAGCAGCAGCUGCUGCAGAAGCUGGAGGAGGAAGAGCUGGAGGUUCUGCCGCGCCUGCGCGAAGGCGCUGCCAGGCUUGGCCAGCAAAGCACGCAGCUGGCAGCCCUCAUCUCGGAGCUUGAGAGCCGCUGCCAGCUGCCAGCCCUGGGUUUACUGCAGGACAUUAAGGACGCCCUGUGCAGGGUGCAGGAUGUGAAGUUGCAGCCUCCAGCAGUGGUGCCCAUGGAGCUGAGGACCGUGUGCCGGGUCCCAGGGCUGGUGGAGACCCUGCGGAGGUUCCGAGGCCUUUAUACAGGGGACAUAACCCUGGACCCAGACACCGCCAACCCGGAGCUGGUCUUAUCUGAGGACCGGAGGAGUGUGCAGCGUGGUGAACAGCGGCAGGCCCUGCCUGACAACCCAGAGCGGUUCGACCCCGGCCCUUGUGUGCUGGGCCAGGAGCGCAUUACCUCCGGCCGUCACUACUGGGAGGUGGAAGUCGGGGACCAGACCAGCUGGGCACUCGGCGUGUGUAAAGAAACUGCCAACAGGAAGGAGAAGGGGGAGCUGUCGGCUGGCAAUGGGUUCUGGAUCCUGGUGUUCCUGGGGAGUUUCUAUAAUUCCAAUGAGCCGGCCUUCUCCCCACUGCGGGACCCUCCCAAGCGUGUGGGGAUUUUUCUGGACUAUGAAGCUGGCCAUCUCUCAUUCUACAGUGCCACGGAUGGGUCGCUGCUGUUUAUCUUCCCUGAGACCCCAUUCUCAGGGACACUCCGGCCCCUCUUCUCACCUCUGUCGAGCAGCCCGACCCCUAUGACUAUCUGCAGGCUGAUAGGUGUAUCUGGGGACACCCUUGGUCCGCAGUGACCCAAACCUUCUAAGAGAGUCCCUUCACCUCUCCUGGUCCUUUGUCCUGGCCAUACAGAGACCCAGGAGCCAGCUGACAUCCUGUGCGCAUUAGGAGGAGCACACAGUGCCUUUCUGACCACACUUGUGGGAAACACAAGUUCUCCGUCUCAGAGACAGUAUGUGUGAGAGUACACUGGGCUGGGCUCUGUCCUCAUCCUGGGGAUCCUCCCCGCCCCCGAUGCCGCUUAAGCUCUCACUAAAGCACUAAGUCCCGUGUGUCACCAGCACCUCAGAUUCCGAGUUCCUGGGCUGCCUGCCAAGCAUGCCACACGGACCCUGAAGUGAUAGGGAUUAGGUAGGGAGCCAGCCUCAAGCAUCUCUGGAUUUGGUCUGAUAAACGGGAAGGCCGCUCAGAGUCCUGACCUUGCCGGGUGUGGCUACAAAGAGGACGGCAGCGUGGCCCCAGAGAUGAAACAAUCUAGUAGGGGCUGAAUCCUACAGGAGUAUUCACCAUUUGUAUUCAGCACAUAAGGGGCCUAGAAGUAGAACUCAGAAAUGACACUUGAACACACCCUUCUGUCCUGAGGCUUGUCUGGUUUUGCCCUCAAAAGGGCUCCCCUGGUGGCUGGCUGUGGUACACUGCCCCUGGUUGCAGACUGAGCUGCACAGGAGCCAGUAGUGACUGCUUUUGUAUUAAACUUUGGGAGUUUUAUCUUCUAUUUAUUGAAAGGGAAACAUUUAAAUAAACUCAUUUGAAAUCAUG